AUGAAUCCAACGUCUUCUACCGAGAAACUCCUUCCUUCUGAAGGCCGCGAUCCAGAGUCCGUUGGGGGCAUUUCAAAUGAUGGUGUUGAUGCCGUCUUUUGCCCCAAGAAGCGAUCUGCAUUUCGCUCCCUUUUCAAGGCUGCUCUCAUACACCUGGCCCUCUUGACAGUCCACACAGCCAUCAUCUUUUCUUUCUGGCCCAAAAACGUUCUUCAAACCUGUCGUCCACGCACCGAAGCGCUGUACAGCCCUGCGCAGUCAGCAAUCACAUGGGAGACAAGAAAAUUCGAAGGCUCACUCGAGACCACGAACCCAUACAAAGGCGAACCUCGAGGAGAGCUCGAUAGAGCUUGGAAUAAACUUUUGGAGCCAUCGGCCAUAAGAGUCUCAAAAGAGGAUUUGGAUAAGAUUAACAAAACAUCGGUUCCACUGUUAGAUGGCUCGGGUUAUAUGGCAACUCUAGAUGUUUAUCACCAGUUGCAUUGCUUGCGAUGGGUUCGACAGAUGCUUCAUCCUGACUACUAUGACAUGCACAAUGGAAAAGAGAAGAAUCUGGGCCAACACGUCGACCACUGCCUUGACAACAUCCGGCAAUUCGUCAUGUGCAAAGCCGACGUUGUACUCAUGACCUACGACUGGAUGCCGCAGUUCCACCGACCGUGGCCCAACUUCGAAAUCGAGCAUGAAUGCGCGAAUUGGGACAGCAUUCAUAACUGGGCAACGGAACACUCCUUCGACGGCUUCGAUGAUAAUUUAAUUAAGCAUCCCAACUUCCACCCCGAGCUUGCUUCGCCCUUCUCAUAUGCUGUGAGUGGAAAUGAUAUACCUUCAAUAUAA